UAUCUUAUCUUGAUAGGGUCAUUUGGUUGUCAAUCAGUUCCGUACCGCUUAAAUAUGUGUCGGUUCAAUAUUUAAAAAAAAUUGACGAAAUUCGUGAUAGUUUUGAGUGAUGAGAGUGGUGUGUGGUUAUCAUGUUCGCAGUAUCACUGCAGCUACAUGGACUAUUAUACAAACAUUAUUUCACCUAGCAUGGGCUAUACCCGGAUAUUAUGCAUAUUUAUGUAGUGUAGUACCUUCUCAUUAUUUAAUAGUAUUUGUAUAUCUCACAUAUUUUUACAAAAAAUCAUGUGGAGAAGUUCAUCUCGACGACGAGCGUAUAUUCGUCAUAAAAGAUCUGAAAACAAAUUAUAGUAAUAGUAGUAUUAGUAGGAGAAAUUUUGUAAAGGCGGGUGAUUAUUCCUUAUAUGAAAUAUUAGAAGAAGUACUGAGGGAAGGAAAAUUUUCAGAAGAAGGCAGUGCUGCUUAUAGGACGAGUGUGUAUAUUAAAAUAUUUAUUGUAACAGAUUUUAUAUGGAUUGUAACUGCAAUACUUUUAAUUGUAGGGAGUUUAAUGGCUGUAAGAAAACACUGGGCAGUGAUAUUAUAUGCCCCAUACGUAGUGUGUACUGGGGUCAUAUCCAUAAUUGAUGUCAUUGCCGCCGUUCAUUUCGGAUUCGACUUGUUGACAAUAAAGAGUUUCACAACAUGGUUGAAGUUUGUCGGCGUAACCAAUUCCCAAGAUUUCGAACACUUAAACGGCAGUUUGGGAUGGAUAGGUCCGGCAAUUCCGACCAUAAUCCUCAUAGUGCUCUGUUUAAGACUUUUCGUAUUCUGGGUUCUUAACAUAUGUGUGUUUUAUGGAUCAGUGAGCCUCACUGCGGAGUCAUACGCCAAAGUGGAGCCCACCAGUCCAUCCGGCAGUGGUCGUACCUCCAGAAUCAGUUCCAGUACCAUACAGGGAGCAAACGAACUACGACUGAACUCAUCCGAGGCUCGAAUUCGCAAGUGGCAGCAAUUUUAUGGCGCUUCGUCCGCCGAAGCGUCUACUAGUACUAUUAGUACAAUUAACGAAGUGGACCACAACUCUAAUAGUAGGAGUAGUAUUAUAGCACAUAGUGCAAGAAAAAAGGUUGUUGUAAGCGAACCAAUUGAGAAGAGCACGGUCAACCGCAAAACAAGUAACGAAUCGUCUAAAUAUUAUGAUGCGUCCAGUUUUCCCUGGUCGUAUGGGAAACUUCCUGAAAAUAGAUACUCGAGACCAAGUAGUAGCGAAGACGAUAGUAGAAUAGCUAGUACUGCGUUAUAAUUCUAAAAAUCGAACUGAAGAAUAAUUUUAUAUACAUGUUAUUUUAAUUUUUUAAUACACUAUUUUUUUUUUAA